CCCAUCUCAUCUGCCGCUUUCUCUCUCGCGCUAAACCUCUUCGGGACUCUAACCGACUCCCGAGGGUACGAGUAGACAAGACAACAAACAUCCCCCCAGCCAUCGCGACACCAGCUCAGCUUUCAACCUCCCAUCCAUCUCCACCCCCUCCCCCCUCCCUCCUUCUAUAUACUUUACUGGGACGCGCCUACCCGUCGCAAGUUGCCGUCCCCAACGACCCGGGAGCGCAAUCCAACAUGUCCGUCAAAUUCGAAAAGGAGACCAUUACCAGGUCCACGGAUGGCAUCGCUGAGGCUGCCGCCGAGGCCCUGGGUACCAGCACCAAAGGCAAGGGCAAGGAGGACUUCAUGCACGAAGUCGGCGAGGCCUUGACCAAAGGUGCUGGUCCUAAUGGAUAUCUCGCUGCCUACCUCAAGCAGCUCCAGGAGAACCCAUUGCGCACCAAGAUGCUCACUUCCGGAACACUCUCCGGUUUGCAGGAGUUUUUGGCCUCUUGGAUUGCUCACGACCGGAGCAAGAGCGGCCAUUACUUCACAUCCCGCGUUCCCAAGAUGGCCUUGUACGGCGCGUUCAUCAGCGCGCCUCUUGGCCACGUCCUGAUCAGCAUCCUGCAGAAACUCUUCCGCGGACGCACCAGCUUGAAGGCUAAGAUCCUCCAGAUCCUAGUCAGCAACUUGAUCAUCUCUCCCAUCCAGAACUCCAUCUACCUCGUCUCAAUGGCCGUCAUCGCUGGCGCCCGUACUUUCCACCAAGUGAAGGCCACAGUCAAGGCCGGAUUCAUGCCCGUCAUGAAGGUUAGCUGGGUCGUUUCGCCAAUCUCGCUCGCGUUCGCCCAGAAGUUCCUCCCCGAGCACACCUGGGUACCAUUCUUCAACAUCAUUGGAUUCAUCAUCGGUACAUACAUCAACUCGCACACCAAGAAGAAGAGGCUCGCGGCUUUGAGGCGAAAGCACUACGGUGAUGGAAGCGGAAGGAGUCAGUCUGGUGGAGUGGGAAGGCCAGGAGACGAGUACGACCGACGAGGAGGAUACUAAAUGGUUAGGGGGAACGUCAUCGGUUUUCUGGGCAAUUCGAUCCGGCGGCCAGUCUACGAUCAAUCCGGUCUUGGGUGCGUGGAUUCACGUCCACAAUCGAGCAUCAAGGAUUCACAACCCAACUGAUUGGCCAAGACAAGUUCUGGUUCCGGGUGCGACGACUACAGCGAGGACCUCAUGUAUUGACUGCAUUGCGCGUCGUCAUCUCGACCCUCUAUUCAGCCACAUUCUACGGAUGACGAUAUGUAUAUUUUUAUGCGCGACUUGUUGGAAUAAUUUUGAUCUAUGGCCUGCUCUCGGUAUCUAUCCAGGCUUUGCGAAUAUACUUGUUUUACUUUUCUUGC